UGAUGCCUGUAUUUUCCUUGGGAAUUGUCAAUGGAAUCAUCAUCUUUGACAAGACGUAGAUCUAGAUAUAUCUAGAUCUAGGUCUAGAUCUAGAAUCUUAUAGUUUAUAUGGUGCAAUAAUUGUUUUUUAAAAUUGAAGUGAAAGGGACGAUGGCAGCGUCACAUAAACUUAGUGCUGCAGGUUGAGUGACUGCCAUUAUAAUAAUGCUUGAAGGACUAGCAGCUUGGGUUUUGAACACAUACGUGGGAGAGUAUGUGGAGAACCUUAACACUGCACAACUGUCCAUAGCGUUGCUUCAAGGUGCUGUGGAGUUGGAGAAUUUGCCAUUGAAGAAAGAUGCCUUGAAAAGCCUUGAUAUCCCAGUGGAAGUCAAGUCAGGCUUCAUUGGGAAAAUUACCCUGCACAUUCCGUUACGUCGGCUGCGGAGUGAACCAUGGGUCAUCUCCAUAGAGAAGCUCUACCUUGUGGCAGGCCCUUUGACCAACUUGCAAUAUGAUGAGGAGAAGGAGAAGAAGAAGGAGCAAGAAGUGAAAAAGACCAUGCUUGAUGCCCUGGAGGAGAAGUGGAAGAUUUUUCAAGGUGUGCAGCAAGAUGCCUCCUCCAGUUCAUCGUGGUUUUCCUAUGGGACCUCAAUGGCUGCCAAUGUCCUGGAAAACAUUCAGUUGAAAGUGAAAGGUGUGCACAUCAGAUAUGAAGAUGACAAGAUGAAUCCAUCAUGCCCCUUUGCCUGUGGCAUUGUUAUAAAGGAUCUGAGUGUGCAAAGCACAGAUUCCUCUUGGAGCCAGAAGUUUGUCAGUCACUACGAGGCAGAUACCAUGUUCAAACUGGUUGACCUACAGGAGUUUGGUGUCUACUGUGAUGCCAAUGUCACCAUGUUAGGGGACCUACCACGGGCUGAGCUGGCAGAUGCACUUGAGAGACAAAUGUAUGUUUCUACUGCAGGGCAGUUCCAGGAGCACUCCUACAUUCUGCAGCCGAUCACAGCACAAGCCAAGGUUACACGCAAAACAUCAGCCCUUCCCCUCCGCACGGCAGCCACGCCGCGGAUCUCUGUGGAGCUGACCUUAGACGACAUGACCUUUGGCCUGGCCACAGAUCAGCUACAAAGUCUGACUUUCUGGCAGCGAGAGUUUUCCCGGCAUGGAAGACGGAGGAAAUUUCGGAGAGGACGACCGACUUGUUCUGUUGGUGAAAGACCCAGAGACUGGUGGCGUUUUGCACAGUCUUCUCACCUGGCUGUCAUACAGCAGAGGAAUGAGCGACUCACCAAGGACUUCAUGGUGCACCGAGUGCACACAGUGGUGGCAUACUCUAAGCUCUACACCGACUACCUUCGUGGAGAGCAGCUCUCCCCGCAACAAAAGACGGUAAAAACAAACAUUGAGGAAGAGAUGGAUUUUGAAGAACUGAAGAUCCUGAGAGAAGCUGUGUUUUACAAGGUCAAGCGAAGAGGUCAAUUGGUGUCCCAGACAGUGUCCAGAAAAAGUCCCGUGCCAGUGUCUGAAACGCCAGUGGCGAGCCCAUCAACCCCGGAGGACACAGCUGCUACAGGCACACUCUUCCAACGCUGGUUCCCAGGCUGGUCCGGAUGGAGCCAGACGUCCAGCAGCUCUCAGUCCUCGGUCCAGCCCAGCGGAACAACAGCACUGGAUAGUGGACAGAUGUCUUCCUCAUCUUCUUCCUCCACUCUGGUGCCAUCAGAUGAAUUUCCAGAGGCGCCACUAAGUGGUUUGGAGUCGUCUUCGGCGCUGACUGAAGAUGAGAUUGAACAAGAGAUACAGGAUGUAAUCAAAGACUCAUCAGAGAACAGCUCUUUCCUGCGUAAGGACACUGUGUUUGCUCGGAUGGCUUUUGUCUUGAAGAAGGGAUCCUUCUGUCUUCUGGAGAGUGGCAACUGUAACACUGCCAAUAGUGUUUUAAAACAUUCCCCCUUGGUGGAGCUGUCUUGCUCACACAUAGGCAUGGAGUUCGAGUCCAGGCCACGAACCAGUGCCAUGAAGUUCUCAUUGGCUGUCGACAGUUUGCUAGUGCAGGAUCGGACAGCGAAGAACCCAGUGCUAAGUUCUGUGAUCUGUCCUCAAACCAAGGAUCCGCAGAGCCGCAUGGCUUUUAACCCAGUCUCUCACCACCCGCCUAGUGCUCACUCCACAGAGCACCUUGGUGUCGGAGCAGACAAGUCAGAAUUUUUUAGACUGGUCUACGAGAAAAAUCCAGGGGGAACUUUCAAGUACAGUCUGAGCAUCAGCACCCAGCCCUUGGACAUCAUCUAUGCUCCUGAGCUUAUUCACAAGGUCAAGGGCAUGUUCACAAUGCCAGACCCUGGGCCCCACCGUGCUGCCCUCUCAGUUUCCAGCGGACAGUUUGAAAAGUUUCGUAAACAGACACAGGAGGAACUGAGGAAUACCCUGGACCAGUUGUUGGAGGGCAAAGCAAGUAGAUGGAACAUUAACAUGGACAUCAGCGCUCCCAAGCUCAUCAUCUCCGACAGCUCAGAGGAUCCGAACCCUCAGCUGGUCAUCAUCGACCUGGGAAACUUCCACUGCAACACCAUCUCCUCCAGCAAAGUUGCUGAGGCAAAGAAGAACAAGGAGGAGGACGGGGAAGAAAAAUUUGAAACUCCUUUGUCUACACCCCCUAACGAGACAGAAGAGGAUGAGGAAGUGAAGAAAGUCCUGGCUGACCUCCCCAGCUCACAGUAUGGCACUUCCAGGAGGUCAGCUGAGGGCAGAGACGCCAACAGUUUAUUCCAUGACAGGCUCUAUGAGAAGUACAGGAUUGGCUUGUCUGAGACACAAGUUCUCAUUGGCCGUCUCCAUGACAACUGGCGUCAUGCAUACUCCAGGGGCACCAGUCUCAUGCACAUUGUGGACCGCUUCAACAUCUCCAUACAACUGGAGAGGCGGCUUGUGCCUACCUCUGAUGCCCAAUGGCCAACAGCGAAAGUCUUUGGGAACCUUCCGUCUUUGACAUUUCAUCUCAACGAGAGGAAGAUUCAAGCCCUGCAGAAUUGCCUGGACCAGCUGUCAGCGGCCAAGCCCCCUAGCUCUGUGGAGACAUCCAGUCUGUACCACUCCUCCUCCUUUGACAGCUCUGUAGCCCCUGUAGACCCAGAGCAGAGCAGCGGUCAGCUACCCAGCUCCCCUGUGAGCUCUCCGCGUGAAGGCAACGAGGACAACAAGCUGGUGGUGCUGCAGUUCCUCAUCAACAGCCUAUCUUUGGAGUUGCAGAGUCAAGGCCACGCCCUGGUUGAACUGCAAGUGACGGGCGUCCGAGCAGAUGUACACACCAAGCCCCUGAACACGUCCGUGGCUCUCACCGUGCACAGUUUGCUCCUGGUGGAUGCCUACCAGAGCUACGGUCAAGACUUUGAGCUGCUGGUUGCCUCGCACAAACACGUCAUGCUGGACAGUCGCAGUGGCAGCAUUAGAGGGUCUGAGCUCAACUCUCCGAGUUCUCCUCUGUCUCCGUCUUCCCCCGCCUCCCCUGGCUCCCCGACCCCUGACCUGACUCCAUCUUUGACCUUCAGCAGUUUCCAGUCCAUUCAGGAUGCGAUCAGCACGGCUUUCCACUCUGUCCUGCAGCACAGAGGCAGCACAAGCCCUGCCCACGGUCACGAGGAGAGUGGCGGCGCGGGGAUCAAAGGUCAAAUGGCGGGCCCUGCGGGAGACAGCAAGGCGUUGAUUCUCCUGGAGUAUGAGGUGGUCACCACGCCAGCCUCUGGCCCAGACAGACCCGCAGACACACAGACGAGAGUCCUCAACCUGCAGUUUAAUAGUCUGGAUUUUAUUGCCAACCAAGAGACCCUGGUGGAGAUGAUGUCCUUCUGGAACCGGACGUUUCCCAAGACAUUCCCCAAAGAAGAGUCCAUGAAGGCAGCAAGCCAGGCCAGCCCCAGCGCUGUUUUGCCAUCACAGAGCAAAGACAUUGUGCAUAUCAACGCAGAUUUCAAACGUCUCAAUGUGAUGUUGCUGAGGUUUCUACAGAGCGAUGGUCACAACACAGCCCGUAAAGUUGCCACAGCCACCAUGUCAGCUGCCAAGCUGCAGGCACAGUUUGAUGAGAACUGGGAGUUUGAAGGCAGCCUAGGGGGACUCCACCUGCUGGAUGUGACUCCUGAGGGCACGCUGUACCAGCACGUGGUCAGCAUUGGUCAGUUCCACAAUAUAGUAGACUCAACAGCUCCCCACCUGGCAGGUAGUGGUGCGGGCAGCCCACCACCACUGUCACCGGGAGUUUCCAGUUUACACCAUCAAGACAUGUGGAAGACAGCCGCAGACAGCCACAUCUUCAACGACUCGUACGCAGCCACUGGAGCAGGGGAACAGAAGAAUGCGUGUACUUUUGUGGUGAAGGUGGAGCUGGAGCAUCAGGCACAGCACAAUGUCUUUGCCGAUGUGGCUGCCAGCAAUGUUGAUUUAUCUCGAGCCGGCGUCUCUACUUCUUCUUCUGGUCAAAAAGUGGAGGCUUUGUUUGACAUGGCCUCUCUCAGUUAUGUCCACUGCCCAAAGUUUCUGGAUGAGCUGCUGGACUGUGUGUCUGAAUUCCGGGACUAUGUCACUCAGGUAGCUUCCUCCAUCAAAACUGCAGCCACUGAGGUUGCCAUGGGGAUGGUAGGCGUGAGGGGAGAGAGAGAAGCCGGCACCCGUGCUCAUUCUGAUCUCACCACGCCGAUGGAAGAAGACUUGCGAGGAAAGUUUUCCAUGCGGAGAGACCAGUCUCUAGGGGAUAUCACGGAGAGUAUUCUCUUGGAAGACAUGACGAGUCUACCUAUAGGUCAACAACAGUUUCCCAGCCCAGCCCACGAGGCUGGUAAGCGAAUAAUCAUCAUCAACGCCCGAAUGGAAUCACCAAUACUAGUUGUGCCUCGCACUCCCAACAGCCCACAGGUAUUGUUGGCUCACCUCGGAGAGAUUGUUGUGAGUAACUCAAGCCCGUCUCGUCGCCGUGGCGACAGCGAGAGUAAUACUGACUUCAAUGCAUCAAGUGACCCCAUGGAAGAGCUGGUCUCUCUCUCCCUGACCAACAUGAACUUGUACUCCGUGGACCUGAGCAAGGGUCAAGGUCAGCAGUCGGCCAGGCUGAGAGCAGAGGGUCUGUGUAGUCCAGGUCUGUCCGAGCUGACCCAGGACUUUGGGAUCCCAAUCUUGUACGACACAUGUGUGGAGUUGGCCCUGGGUAAACGGGAUGUAGAUGUGCCCUAUAUCAACCCAGAUGUUUCAUCUGGCAUCGAAGGAAUGCCGCGCAAUCUCGGUCAAAGCUCACCUCAGAAGCAGAGAAAAGGUAGUGUCGAUUCCUGUGGGCCUCCAGACUCAACGAACAGCAUUGCUUCCUCAGUGCUCGACGUAAAAGCCAAAAUCCCCUCCCAAGUCAAACUGGGACUGUCCAAAGAAGUUUAUGAGCAAAUCCUUCAGACAACAGACAAUCUCACCUAUGAUGCAGAAACGUCAAAAGUCUUGCGGCCGGCUUCUCCAGAUAUUGUGAUUAAUGUCCCUUUCCAUCUUGAUCCUGGACAAUCAAAGACAGAGCAGCGUGCCGCCAGUCCUCUAGACCACCGACAGAGCUCGACAUCGGGACCAGAUCAAGACUCGACUAGUGUGAAUGAAAGUUUCCUGGCCAAGCAUGUGCGGUUUGAAGUUCCUCUGUUUGAGGUGGAGCUCCGUGGAGAUUUUGGUGAGGGAGAGCAGGGUUUGGUGGACCUCAAGCUCUACGACUUCUCCGUGCGCUACGAGAAAAACGACAAGGCCAGCACCAGGAUUAUGCUCCACCUCAACUCUUUACAGAUGGAUGACUUGCUGGAGCCACCGGAUUCUAAACACAGGCAGAUCAUUGUGUCUCGGGCUUCCAAGAAUAAAGACAUGCUACAGCGUGUGCAUAACCAGCCCAAGAACAUGAUGUCCCGAUCAUGCCCAGACAGCACCAUUGUGGCCCCUGUGCCACAGAUGCCCCCGUCUCUACCUAGCAGCUUUGUCAAUCGACAUCCUCCUCAAAGGCUGAAAGAACAGUCACAGCAGCAGCAGAAGUUGCCGCAGAUGUUUGCCUCAUCGUCACGGAGACAGAAGGAGAACAUGGCUCAGUGUCCUUACACUCCACCACCCAGCCCUGCAGCGCAUGACCUUCUGACCCCUCAAGAGAGGCGCAGUGAUGACCUUGUGCGCAUUGACAUCACCCUAGUGGACAAGAAGAGGCCGGAAUAUGUCAGCAAAUACAACAAGACCAACCGCUAUGUGGAUAUUGACUUUGCUUGUCUGGAUGCGACCAUCAACCUUCAGACCUGGGUUGUUCUCCUGGACUUCCUGGGCCUCGGGGCCAAAGUUCAUGACCUCAGUGACUCCCAGGAGGCCACAGGGGAGGCACAACCAUCACAGCUAAACAGAGCUCAAGAUGAGAAAGAGGAUGUGAACUCGGAGAUCAACUUCAAUGUGGAGAGUUUUACCCUCAUUCUGAACAAGCCAGAGUAUGAGCUUGCUCACGCCACUGCCUCCAACCUACAGACGCACAUAUCAUUACGAGAUGGGAAUUUAUCUGCCUCAGGGCAGUUGGGCAGCCUGUCCUUGUUAGACCAGUCUCCACAUGGGCGCCUGUAUCGACAGAGAUUUGUCUCCACUGGACGUCAGCUGGUGGAGUUUGACUUCUUCAAAUAUGGUCUUCCUGACUUUGACAUGAAGAGAGCAUUUGACAUCAGCCUCAAGCUACGCAUGUCCUCAGUGCGUUACGUCCACACUCAGCGCUUCCAGAUGGAGUUGGUGGCCUUUGUACAGAACUUUUUACAACUCCAGGACAUUCUGGGACGCAUGAGGGCUGCCUCCGCGGGCAAGAAGAUCAAUGAGAAAGCGACCCGUGGAGCCCGCAUCCAGCUGGACAUUGAGGCGGCUUCACCCAUCCUGCUAUUUCCCCAUAGCUCCCAGACCCAUGCCGUGCUGGGUGCUGAUCUGGGCAACCUGAGACUCCGGAAUACUUUUACAGUGGACGGUGACCCAGGCACGCUGAAGGCCCACUUGGAGACAAAGAGCUUCAAGCCCCAGAGUCCUGGUCAGAGCAGUCCUGGAGUAGAGCCCACCAUACUCCAGAAGGGUAUUGUGCAUCGCGGCAUGACAGAGAGCCAGCUGAAUGAGUCGUUCCCCCCUACACGACCUAUUGACCCCAUGGCACAGAGUGUCUAUGGCAGCAUCGAUCGUGACCUUCGUCUUGAGGGACUGGAGCCCUUGGGGCUGGACAUGCCUGCGUCUUCUGUUCACGGUGAUGGGGGAGCGAGGCCCAAGAUGAAAAGACAUACCAGCGACUCUUAUCUGAUGUCCAGGGCUUACAAGCAGAGCGUCCCCGGAACUGCUGGCAAAAGUCCUGGUUCUGCCACAGGGACUAGGCUGGCUAUUGAUGAGGAUGAUGAGGACCAUCGCUGCCUGCUGGAUGUCAUCUCUGUUACCUUGUCGGACAUAGAUCUGUUCACCGCUCGCAGAGUUUGGAAGUCCGACUAUAGCCGUGGAGAUCUCUCUAGAGACAUGGAGUUUUCUACCUUUAUUGUGGAGAGAGAGCACGGGCGGCUGCUCAAUGACAAGUGCCUGCUGGAGCUGCACAUCGAGCACAACCUGGAGGGCGACAUCAGCCACAGCGCUCCCGACUUUGGCAUCAGCGGCAAGCUGUCCUCGGUGGACUGCCGGCUGGACGGUGGUCAGUAUGAGCUGGUCCGAGGUGUGCUGAGCCAUAACCUGGGGGAGAAGCUGGAGGAGUUUCAGAGGCCCAUGAUGACCCAUCUACAAGACCCCAAGAUACAGACUGUUCUGAGUGGUCGGCCAUGGAAAAGCAUUAGUCUGGUUAUCGACCUCCGCAACGUGACCGUGGAAUUGCUGCACUCUCAUGAGAUGUCGCCAGAUGUGGCGGAGAAGUCGCUGGCUCGCUUGGACUUCAUCCGCUCCCAACUGUCCUUUUCCAGCUACUCCAACCAGCUGAAGGAGGUGGACCUCGUGUCCAACCAGAUAUGCAUCUAUGACACUCGCUUUAAAAACGAGCCUGUGAAUGCGCGCCCCAACGUGUUCACCAGCAUCCUACAGCCGUCUCCAGGCUCCAAGGAUCUCAAAGGUCUACAGAUGGAGAUGCACCUGAGAGCUGCGCCAGACAGCACUCACUUCACUGUGCUGCUCAACAACAUGCGACUCAUGUGUGUGUUUGAUUGGCUGCUGGCCAUGAGGGAAUAUCUCUCCAAAGAGCCUCCAGACCCCUUUGUCAAAAUGGGUCAUGUCAGCCCUAGCACUCACCUGUCAGAGACUAUGACAGAACUGGUACAGCGACCAUCCAGCCGAAAUCAGAGCCCUCUCACUGUCUCCAGAGGCAUCAUCACGAAGAGAGGACCCCUGGUCGAAGAGACCAAAGUUCCUUUUGAGCUGGUGCUGAACUUUGCUGACACCCAGUUUGUUGUGGUGGAGGACUCCACGUCUUUGGACACCAACGCUGUCAUCCUAAAGAACUCUGCGGUGAUCAUCUUCAAGCCUCAGGCCCAGGACAAAGUUCUGACGUGCUCGUUGCAGAGUGUGGAGUUGUUCUCCUGCUGUCUCAUGGCUGAGGAAGACACGGCUCUAUCCAUCAUCGACCCCACCUCCAUUAGUGUGGAGCUCAAUGCUAACCCUUUGCCUCAGCCCAACCCCCAGGCCUCUGGCUUGUUGGGGCUCAGAGACACACAGAGGAGGCAUUUGGUGCUGGAGAUUCUACUGAAGAAUCUGAACAUGCGUGUGUCCUACCAUGACAUGGUGAUGUUUUUGGCCAUCGCCAACUCCCUGCCACAGCAAGCCCUCCAGGCGCAUCAGCAACAACAGCAGCAACAGCAGCAGACUACAGCGACUGCAGCAGCGACAACAGCCUCAACCUCAACCUCCUCAGCGACAAGAACAGCAACCACAGCAGCAACAGCGACCAAGAAAUGUGCUUCGUCCCAGGUGGCACAACAGAGUGGAGCUAAGGAGACGAUGGUUCCUGAAGACAACCUCACAAAGAGCAUGCUUCCGUCCAUGGCGGGGUUCUCCUUGCCCUGUGGCAGCAGCAGUAAAUCCACUACAGAAGAAGAGGUGGAGCAGUUGACGACCCUGGGCUUUGUGGAACAGGAUGUGCGGCGUGCUCUGGCAGCAUGUAGCUGGAAUGUGGAGGAAGCUUCGCUGUGGCUGUCCCAGAAUGCUUCUCACAGGAAGUCGGGUGCUUCUGAUGGCGCUCUGGGUUCAGAGACGCAGUCAGAUUUCAUGGUUACUGCUCUAGAGCUGAAUGCGGACAGUAUCAGCCUCUGUCUUAUUGAUGACUGUGGCGAUGCAGAUAUCCCCUUGGUUGAAGUCUCUUGUAAUGGUCUGAGCAUCAAGCAAGACCUUGAGCCAAGCAUUGAGGGCAAAGCAUCAUUCCAGUUGGUGUCUGAAUACUACAACAGAAAACUCUCUGGAUGGGAGCCUUGCCUUGAGCCCUGGAGAUGUUUGACUGAGUGGAAGCAGUACUCCAAGCCAGAGAAACGACUGGCCGUGCAGAUUGCUGCCUCUGAUGUGCUGAACCUUAACCUGACCUCCACACUCAUCGACCUGUACCGUCAGACCAGCGGCAACUGGACGGAGGACUACCGCACCCAGCAGCGUGGCACGGGUUCCUCCCACCUUUUGGCCCGCACGGGGACGGAACGUUCCCAGCACAAGCGUUCACCGUUCAUCCCCUACGUCAUUCGGAAUGACACAGGCAGCAACUUGUGGUUUCUCACCGCGACCACCACACCCUCAAAUCUUGCUGGUGAUGGUCACAGCUCACAGACGCUAGAGUCAGCCUAUAUCCAAGCCUCUGACUGGAAGAGGGUUGGCCCAUCAGAGACAAAACCCUUCCAUUUCCACCGGCGGGAAAAACUCAGACACCAGAAAUCUCAUGCCAUGCACGUGAAUCAGUUGCUGGUGACUGUGGAAGGUUGGCAGAGGCUGUCCCCUGUCACAGUGGACAAAGUAGGAGUGUAUUUCCGACAUGCUGAUCCUGAGCUAAAGGCACCUCCCCACGUGUCCCCGGCACGGAUUGUGGUGGAGGUCCAGCAAGAGGGCGGUGCCCGCAAACUCAUCAUCAUCCGGUCAGCUCUGGUCAUCCACAACAGGCUGGACAGUCCACUGGAGCUCAAAUUGGAGUCCACUGAUGAGACGGGCCACUACCAGUGCAUGAAGGUCCCUGUGGGCAGCGCCCUGCCCGUCCCCCUGUCUUGCGUACACAUGCGCAUGCGAGUACGUCCUGUGGACUGGCCAGUCCACUUCUGCAGCAAACCCCUGGACUGGCAGCAUGUGAGGCGGCCUGGGGAGAAGCCCGACGGCAUUCGCUGCUGUGACGUGAUAGGUCCAGGCGAUGGCACCUACAGGUUCUUUGUGUGCGUGACUCGCCUAAAGUUUCCGGAAGAAGUGAUGUCAUCGUCCCAGUACCAGGGCUACGGAGUGAUUCACCCGACGCUUCCCGGUCACGUCCUCACCCUCCUACCGCCCAUCACCGUGUGUAACCUGUUGCCUCUAGAGCUGCACUACUACCUCCGUGGCACCGGGGCUUCUGGGAACCUCAAGGCUGGCAAAGAGGCUUUUCUUCAUGGGGUGGAUGUGUCCCAGAACCUGGAGCUGGGUAUUCACCUGGAGAAUUUCCAGAGCUGUAAGGAGCUGAGCAUCCCGCCCAACAGCAGCAACCAGAAAGUUCUCCUGCGUAUCUACGAUAACAAUAAGCGCAUGCUCAAGCUGGUGGUCAAGAUACGCCUGGUCAAAGGGGGAUCUAUGAAGCUGACCAUCGCAGCGCAGUUUUGGCUGGUCAACAAGUCGGGUCUGCCCCUGGUCUUCAGACAGGAUGGGUCAAAGGUCACAGCUGCCGGCCAGUUUGAGGAGCACGAGCAGGCCCGUAGUGUCACGCCGCUGUUGUUUAGUUUCUCCGAGGCUGAAGAGUUGAACUUGUGUCAGAUGCGAGUGGGAAAUGCUGUUCAUAGGUUGGAAGGACGACCUCAAUGGAGCAACCGGUUCUCCCUGGAGGGUGGCACAUCUAAGCGCACACUGCACGUGGUUCACCACCAAGAGAAUCGCCCUGAUUGGGUCUACACCAUUGGCAUCCAGGUAACCCCAGGGAGAGGUCGGUAUCGAGGCACGAACAUCGUGACCUUUGCUCCCCGGUUUGAACUAGACAACCAGUCAAGCUUCAAGCUGGCCAUCGCCCAGCAGUUCAUGAGCAAGAGAGAGGCAAUCAAACCCGACUACCUGACUGCACUUCCUCACUGCAAGCUGCCUUUCCACUGGCCUCGGGUUGACCUGGACCAACUGCUGUGUGUGAAAAAUCUGGACCUGCCGCAGUGCCACUGGUCGGGCGGGUUUCACAUUGACCGCAUCGACUCGUUCCACAUCAAUAUGAGGGACAACACAGGAAAGUGUCACCUGCUCAAGGUGGAGGUCGUCCAACAAGGGCCAACCUUCUUCAUUGUGUUUGCUGAUGCCGAUGUGAUGCCGCCUCCUUUCCGGAUUGAUAACCUCAGUGAUGUGCCAGUUCUCUACUACCAGACUGGAGCCCAGGAAGAGAAACUGAAAACUUUCAUACAGCCCCAGACCUCAAUUCCAUAUGCCUGGGAUGAGCCGACGCUCCGCCCCCUCAUGCUGACCCUGAGUGUGAUGGGCGGAACCUCUGCCAAGUACGCCCUGGACAAGCUGGAGGAGGGAGCACAGCUCCACUACGAGAACUUUAUCUACUUAGCUGCCACAGCUACUUUUGACAGAAACUGGGAGGGAGCGUGCCAUGAGCUGGUGUUGGACUGUGUCCACAACAACAACAUUGUGUUUAAAAAGAAGGAGAAGAGUAAGAGGUCCCAGCUGUGGCGUAUGACGGGCUCAGGCAUGUUGGAGCAUGAGGGUUCCAUGCCACCCCGCGACCCACGCAGCUCGGCCACUGCAAGUGAGCCAGGACUUGUCCUGGACAUUGCUGACAUUGCCCCGAGGCCAGGUCAGUCGGUGCCGCUGGUCCUGAGGAAACCGGACGUAAGGCGCCGAUCGACACAGACGUGGAGAUUCACAGAGCAAGGCCAGUUGUGUUGUCAUGCGGGACUGAUGUGUGUGCAAGCAGUGGGAGGAGUCAAGGCUUUACAAGAUGGUGCUAUCGCAGUGCUGGGACCUGGACACAGUCAAGACCCGGCACCCACCGACCCCCAGAUACAGCCGACAGCCCCACCACAGAGACACACCAUGGUGUCAAGGCAGAAGUUGCGGCCGGGCUCGGGCUGUGUGUCUGUGCGUGUCAUCAUGGACGGUCCCAUCCAAGUGAUUGAGCUAGUGGACAUACAGCAGAGGAGCUGGCAUGAGGAGUAUGUGGCAGCCAGUCACUUGUCCAUGUUGUUGGUGCAGAAGCAAGUGGUGAAGAACAUCUCUGUGGAGAAAGACUUGGAGGACUGGGAGGUUUACGAUCAGCUCAAGGGUCAACGCAGGUCAAAGAACCCAGUAGAGAGAGGCUUGAGCAUGAACAUUGAGUUCUACGUCUCCCUGAAGGACGGCGUUGGGCUCUCAUUGGUCAACAGCUUCUCAGAGGAGCUCCUCUAUGUGACCUUGAAGAACAUCUCUGUGGAGGUCGUGGCCAAGCCCAACUCUGUCACAUUUGACGCCAGUGUUGGACUUAUACAGCAUCUGUCCAUCGCCACGAAACGAAUGACUUUGCACAUUGAGGAACAGCUGCUGUGGAAAUUGCUGCAGUUGUCAGGGAUGGGCAAGGAUGAGAGGACAGUUCAGAAACCUGAUGAGACCUAUGAUACACACAGAGCUCUGUCUGCGGUCACAUCUAUCCAGUCCACCCGUUACUAUUUUGGGAACAUAAGACUGGCUGUCAAUCGGGUGACGUUGAGCAUGGUGACCUCCAGCAAGUUGACUCCUGACCUGAAGACCAUCAAGAAUGCGAUGCCCAUGACCAUCAUAGCCUUUGAGCAGGCCAACAUAGACAUGCAUCCUUUUGAACAACAUCAUGUGUUUGAGACGGGGCCUUUCCUCAUCAGUGAGAUCAUGAACCACUACAGAGAGGAGUUGAUCAGCCAGGCAGCUAAGAUCCUGGGCUCUGUGGACUUCUUGGGCAACCCCUUGGGUCUGGUCAAUGACAUCACAGAGGGCAUCGCUGGCUUUGUCAAGGACGGGAACGUCAGUGGACUGUUGAAGAAUGUCACUCACGGAGUCUCUAAUUCUACAGCUAAGGUGGUGAGCUCUCUGUCUGACGGGAUCAGCACAGUGGGUCUGGACGACGACCACAAUCGCCGACGGGAGGCUCUACGUAACGUGACCACAGGCAGCAGCAGUGACCACCUGGUGGCCGGGAUACGCGGCUUUGGCCACGGCAUCUUUGGCGGGGUCACCUCGCUCCUGUCGCAGAGUAUCACCGGGGCGCAGAACGAAGGGUUCGGGGGUCUCAUCAAAGGUGUGGGUAAGGGAGUACUUGGCACAGUGACAAAACCAGUGUCUGGUGUCCUUGACCUGACCUCCGGCCUGGCCAGCGCCCUUCGGGACAGCAGCACGCGGACCUCCCACCGUGGGCCGGCCCGACUGAGACUCCCGCGUUGCACACACGGGCCGGGCGGUCUUCUCGAGGCUUACUCUCAGGCCCAGGCGGACUCGCAGACGGUUCUGUACGAGCUGAAUGGCAACGACUUCUCCGAGCACCUCAUCGUGAUGGAACAGCUGCGCUCAGACAUGAGUGGCGAGGGAAACAUGCACGUGCUCAUCUCCAGUCGCCAGGUCUUCUUCUUGAACAAGCGACGUGCAAGUGCGGAGAACGUGGUCCUCAGCAUAAAACACUCUGACAUUCUGCAGUGUUCUAGUACUUUACUGGAGGGAAAGUAUUACGUGGAGCUGACCCGUAAGACAAGUGUGAACAGUGACCACUCCAGCACCAGCCUCAACAGACCACGUGUCCGGUGUGAGAAACAGACUAUUGCCCAAAAGGUGACUCAAGAGAUAAAGUAUGCUAAGAAUCUUUUCGAUGAGCGAGCUCAAACCCUGGAGGAGGAAGACUCUGACGAUGACGGCGAGUGGUGAUCUGGUGCAGGGAUCACUAUGCGAGUGGUGGUGGUGUGCACAGCUCACUAUAAGAAUGGGGGAUUGUGUGCACAGCUCACUAUGGGAAUGGUGAUCGUGAACACUGUUCAUCCCUGCUGACUUUUUUACCUUUCAAAAGAUUUGGCUUUUGCCCCUCGAGGAUAUCCCUAAUUUUUUUUCUUUUUCUGUAUCACCUUCGUGACCUUCUUGUAUGCUAGUGCAGGAGAUAUUGGGCACUGAUGUGAUGUUCCCGCAUGACUAUUGGAUGUUCAAGGGUUAAUCUAUCUACAGACAGCUGACGUGUACAUUACCAGCAUUAUCCUCAGGGCACUGAAGGCACCUCUGGAUGGUCCAAAGAUUUCCUUGUCUGGGAAAUAAAUUCCUUCUUGAAAAACUAAUUAUAUUUAAUAAAUCACUCAUGCUUUGAAGAGAACUUUUUAGUUCUUUACGUCGACUUGGAUUUUGACUACAGAGCUGCACUCAUUGACCCUGAAUGUCCCAGGGGACUCCAAUGAUGGCAGGACAAGAGGAUUAUUGGUGAGGUGUGUGACAUACAAAGAGAUUCUGCCAAAAAAGGACAAAUCCUUUUAUUUAAAAAAAACCACAUUGACUGUAUAAAUUUUGAAUUUUUCCCCACGUAUGAGAUUUUAUGAAGAAUUUUGUAUAUCUUCACUGAUGACCAUUGUCUUUUUGCUUCUUCUUGCUUGUCUGCUCACCUGUCUUAAGUAUGCAGUUACUGUUUUGUCUAGUGCAGAACUUGUACAAAUUUUGUUAUCAUCUGACUGAUGAACAAAUUGUGAGCAAUGAGUUGAUGACAUGAUUGAAUAUCUGAUGUGCGUAAUUGCUUACUGUGUGUAUGUAUGUGCAUGCAUGGUCAAGAACUGUAUUGAGUACAUUUUUUAAAACUUCUGUCUGGUGUCCCCUACUUGCCUUAAAGUGCUGUGCCCUACCCACAUGCCCCAUAUCUUAAGUAUUGCUCUUACUUAUGUUUACAUGUUCUAUUGCUUUCUUUCUUAUUAGUGCAAUCAUGAUUGUGUCAGUUUAAGCAACUGAAUCAAUAACAGCAUGCUUUUAUGAAUAUGCCCAAGAAACAAAGCUGUAAUUGUGAUGAUUAACUGAAAAUAAUUUUUGAAAUCACAGAUAGAUGGAGAUGGGGAAGGGAUUUAAAAUUUUUGCAUCGGAGUGGUUGUGAGAUAGAUUUAUAAGGACCUUUGAAUGAUGGUUGUAACUGUCAUUCCAUUCAUUUGGAGGAUUUUUGUCCUCUUUGAAAUUUAACGUCACGUCCUUACUUGAGAAUUUACAUGGGGAGGAAGGCACCUUUAGAAGCAUGGUAGUGUGUUUGCCUUUAUUUUGUGAAAAGUCUGGACUUGCAUGCAUCCAUUAUUCUGAGGUGGUGAAUCUCCUUUCUUUAUCUUUGUCCAUCUCACUUAUUGCUUAUUGAAUUGUAAGCACAAAUAAUGUUCAAUCAAAUGAGAAAAACUCAAUCCAGACGAGGUAGAGAUUUGAAAAGGCUGUCUCUCAUUUUGACUAUUUCUGUGGAGUAUGUGCAGAAUGUAGGAAAGCACGAAGGUCUCAGUACUGAGGCCUGACAAACCUGUUCCCUACCUCAGCCCACUGACUUUCUUUGCCCUGUUCGAGGGUAAAUGAUGCUGCUAAUUAUUUUGCUAAAUGUUUCCUUACAGUAUGUUUGCCUGUAUUACCAACCUUAACUUCCACAAUGUAGCAACCGACCAGCAUGUGCUACAGGUAUGACCUUGUGUUCUGACGCAAAAACCAAUUCAGCAUGGCUCCAAAAUUUGAGACAGUUGAAGGACAUUUGGAGUUAAACUGUACCAAAAUGGCAAUAGGACUGUAACUGCAAAAUCGUGCGGAUUAAGGUUAGUGAAUUCCCUUGUUAUCAAAAGACUUGGGCUUGUGCACAAGUAACAAGUAGGGCCUAUUGAACACACGUCUUCCUAGGACGUCUCCUCUGUACAAGAUCCCCAGCUACUUAAACCGUGGUUCGGGUGCAUCACGCCGACAUUUUCAUUUGUGUUAUAUCUAAGCAGUCCUGAUGCCAAGAGUAUAACAGAGUAGAUUUGCUAUUCCUUUCUUUCAUAAAGAUUUUCUUCUGCUGUAUAUAAAUGACCAAUGUUUAUGUGUCUUGAUCAUGAUUUCCUGUGCUUGGACAUCAUGAAAUGUUCAGCAUACAAACAAUCAUUCCUUCAGUAGCAGCUGCAGAUAUCCAUGCUCUUAUCAAUGUUCUGAGUGUGUUUCUUUUUGGUCUUUGAGUAUCUUCUUUGGUCAUAAUAUUGAUGCAUGAUGCUUUUUAACAGUCAUGUAUUCGUUCGGUACUCUCUUGCACAAUAAGACUUGCACACAUUGAUAAUGGUGUCAUUUUUCUACCCUUUUUUUUCUUUUUUUACAUUGGCAAUGGGUUAUGUCAAAUAUUUCUGUGUGUCUGUGGAUGUUGAUGGGUUACUUUUUAUUUGUGUUUAUAUACAUUAUAUGUACAUUGUAACGACUGACUUUUCUGUGGCUGAGACUGAAUAAAAGGUUAUGGUGAUGUCUUCUCCACUUUCAGCUCUCAGGGAAAACCACAAGCCAUAUGUGUAUGCGUCUGUGUGUGCGUCUGUGUAUGUAUUUGUGGAUGUGAGGUCAUCUUCUGUGAGGUAGCCUUAUAAGUUAUGCGCUCAUGUGAGUGCCUUGACAAAGAUGUGCUUUUUAUUUCAAUGCUCCUUCAAACGUAUGCAGUCCUCCAAGGUAUAUAUAUAUUACUUCUGUCAUAAUAUUUGUGUGUGCUACAUUGCUCUAAAUAUUAACUUUCUUAGUUCAGCUAGUGGGAGGAGUUUUCUGUUUUAUAAAUGGAAGCAGUGCAACAGUAGCGGCUUCGUUUGUCCCACGUCACAGACUAAAGGAGUUGCUGGACACAUUGUAUUGACCAAGGGUCUUCUCAUUUUUAGCUCAGUGUGUGUGUGUGUGGGUGUUUAUGUGUGUAUGUCAGUGUGAAAAACUGAUGAUCAGGACCGAAGGUGCCCGUGAGUGGCAAAUAUUGUUGUGAGUUCACAAACUGAUUUGUCAAUACAUUUGUAUUGAAGCUUUUAUCAGCCAUCAUUGAGUAACUCCUGUCUGAGGCAAGGGGAUGAGGAAGGCUAGUGAAAACUCGAAAUUACAAGAUUUGUAAACGUGUGUUGUGUACACAUUAAACAAAACUCUGCGAGGGACACGCCCCCAUGCUAGAUCUCAUUUCCGCUUAUCCUGCAAUUUUGAUCUAUGUAAAAUUAUCACAGCAGUGAAAUGAGUGUGUAACCAUCACCAUGAUCACUGGUGUCUGUUUGAGGUCUGGUAUUUGAAGGAAAAAAAGAAGAAGGAUUUUUGUACUUCUCACUUAAAAUUAUGACAUAUUGUAGCUCAUUGAAGGGGUUGUUGUAGUCUUCAGUUACAUUUUUUUCCUACUAGAGAAUAAUGGUAGGAAGGAGACGCUUAAUGUAGAAGUGAUAGACGUGUAUGCUCACUCUUUUUUCCCUACGUUUUGUUUUAUUUCUGAAUUUGUGACGACAAAGAGAUGUGUUUUGCUCAUUUACCUCAAAGCCUUAUUCUCUGGAGCUUAUAUCACAAAAAACAGUUGUAUAUAUGAAAGCUUAAAUACAAGAAAUCUAAACAAUGUAGAUUUUUUGUGUUCAUGCUUUUAUGCAACUUUUAAAAAAUUUUCUCAAAUGAUCCAACCUCUAGCAGCUUCAAUAGCUCAUCUUUCUUGAUUUUCUUGUUGAGAAGUACACAGUACAUACAAUCUGGUCGUAAGAAAAAUUUGGUCCAUAUUUGCCAUAUAUCACAUCUAUAUUGUAAAUAUAUAUCAUGUGCGUGUAUGUGUGCCUUCUAUUAUUAUGUACAUGUUAAGCUCUUUCGUUUGGUUUUGUUGUUGCAUUUAGUCUUUUCAUUGAAGGGAAAAUAUAUUGUUUUGCUUUCUGUCAAAAUGACUGUCCGUUCCCUGGACUAUGCAUGUGCAGCACAAUAUUUUCGCCAAGGUUUACAUGGUAUGGUGUGGGUAUCACAUGACAUAAUGGUCAACAUUUGGAUUUAGUUGACUCUGCUCCAGUUCAGCUAGCCUACUUACAACUUAAAGUUUUAGAUCUUGUUUUGUUUUGUGGGGGUCAUUUUUCGUUUUGUUUUGCGUUUUAGUGACAUUUGUUCGCUCCUGAUGUAUAUUUUACUUGUGAUUCACAGCUGUUGUGCAUUUUGAUUUCAGUUUUCUUCCAUGAAUCUAACAAGAUAAGUCUUUGCAGUCACAAGAAAUGGAUUCUUUUUCAGCCAUAUCCAAAUGGCAAGGGAUCUGUUUGUGCCCUUGUUUCUUUCAUGGAUCAUCUUCUCUUUAACCACUGUAAUGUUGAUGUUGUUGGGCUUUUUGGGCUAGCCAUUUAUUUAUUAACA